UAUGAGGAAGCUGCAGUUUGUCAUAAAGGUAAAUGAUUGACAUCGCAGCAGGACACUGGUUUGUGGGUAAGUUGUUCCUCCCCAACAAGUGGAGUGAAGAGUAAAAACACUCUCAGGUCACUUCACUCCGUCUGAUGGAAGCUGGAGUGAAGCACCAAGCUCUUUUUCUACAGACCUGCUGAGGACAGAAGAGAGCUGCUCACUGAGGAAGAUCAUGUCUACAAGAUCACAGCUUGUUGUGAAGGUGUGAAGGUGUGGACUCUGCUAUGAAUCAGGCUGAGGACCCAGAGGAGGGAGUCCCUCCCUCUGAAGCCCCUCUGUGUGGGGAACAUGACAGACAGACCAAAGCUCAGAGGAUCCAUAAGAGACCAGGACCAGAACCUGGACCUGGAACUGGACCUGGACCCAGCUGUGUGUCCAUGAAGAGUAACCGGUCUAUGGAAGCUCCUAUAGUCUUCAAAGAUGUCCGUCCCUCUGUUGAUUCAAGUUCACAUCAGCAGAGAAGAAAGUCUCCUGAACCCAGCUGUGUGUCCAUGAAGAGUGAUUGGUCUAAAGAUAAUCCUUUAAACUUCAAAGAUGGAGGCCGUUCUUUUGACCCACAAGAGGACCAGGAGAGCUCAGAGGUUCCCACAGAGUCUGCCCAGCAGCAUCAAACACACCUGGACUCCAUCUUCAAGCUGCUGGAAGAGAACAUCCUCACUUUUAUGAAGAACGAGCUGAUGAACAUCCAGAAUAUUGUAAAUUCAGAUUACCCUGAAUGCUUAGAGGAAGAGGAGGUUCUGGAUGAAGACCAGAGGAGAAGCAGAGAGGCAUUUGUCAAGAUCUCAGUGCACUUCCUAAGGAGAAUGAAGCAGGAGGAGCUGGCUGAGCGUCUGCAGAGCAGACUUUGUGUUGCAGUUUGUCAGCGUGAACUCAAAUCCAACCUGAAGAAGAAGUUCCAGUCUGUGUUUGAGGGCAUCGCUAAAGCAGGAAACCCAACCCUUCUGAAUGAGAUCUACACAGAGCUCUACAUCACAGAGGGAGGGACUGCAGAGGUCAAUGAAGAACAUGAGGUCAGACAGAUUGAAACAGCAUCCAGGAAACCAGCCAGACCAGAAACAACCAUCAGACAAGAAGACCUCUUCAAAGCCUCAGCUGGAGGAGAAGAACCAAUCAGAACAGUGAUGACUAAGGGAGUGGCUGGCAUUGGGAAAACAGUCUUAACACAGAAGUUCACUCUGGACUGGGCUGAAGACAAAGACCACCAGGACAUACAGUUCACAUUUCCAUUCACCUUCAGAGAGCUGAAUGUGCUGAGAGAGAAGAAGUUCAGCUUGGUGGGACUUGUUCAUCACUUCUUCAGUGAAACCAGAGCAGCAGGAAUCUGCAGGUUUGAAGAGUUCCAGGUUGUGUUCAUCUUUGACGGUCUGGAUGAGUGUCGACUUCCUCUGGACUUCCACAACAAUGAGAUCCUGACUGAUGUCACAGAGACCUCCUCAGUGGAUGUGCUCCUCACAAACCUCAUCAGGGGCAAGCUGCUUCCCUCUGCUCGCCUCUGGAUAACCACACGACCUGCAGCAGCCAAUCAGAUUCCUCCCGAGUGUGUUGGCAUGGUAACAGAGGUCAGCGGGUUCACUGACCCACAGAAGGAGGAGUACUUCAGGAAGAAGUUCAGAGAUGAGGGGCAGGCCAGCAGGCUAGUCUCUCACAUGAAGACCGCACGAAGCCUCCACAUCAUGUGCCACAUCCCAGUCUUCUGCUGGAUCACUGCUACAGUUCUGAAGGAGAAUUUGAAGACCAGAGAGGGAGGAGAGCUGCCCAAGACCCUGACUGAGAUGUACAUUCACUUCCUGGUGGUUCAGUCCAAAGUGAAGAAGGUCAAGUACGAUGGUGGAGCUGAGACGGAUCCUCACUGGAGUCCAGAGAGCAGUAAGAUGAUUGCGUCUCUGGGAAAACUGGCCUUUGAUCAGCUGCAGAAAGGCCACCUGAUCUUCUAUGAAUCCGACCUGACAGAGUGUGGCAUCAAUAUCAGAGCAGCCUCAGUGUACUCAGGAGUGUUCACUCAGAUCUUUAGAGAGGAGAGCAGACUGUACCAGGACAAGGUGUUCUGCUUCGUCCAUCUGAGUGUUCAGGAGUUUCUGGCUGCUCUUCAUGUCCAUCUGACCUUCAUCAGCUCUGGUGUCAAUCUGCUCUCAGAAGAACAAACAACCUUCCCGGUGUCUAAAGUCUUUGGCGACAAACCUAAACCAAUGUGUCUCUACCAGAGUGCUGUGGACCAGGCCUUACAGAGUCCUAAUGGACAUCUGGACUUGUUCCUCCGCUUCCUCCUGGGUCUUUCGCUGGAGACGAAUCAGAUGCUCCUACGAGGUCUGCUGACACAGACAGGAAGUCGCUCAAAAACCAAACGGAGAACAGUGCAGUACAUCAAGGAGAAGAUCAGUGAGGAUGUGUCUCCAGAGAAAAGCAUCAAUCUGUUCCACUGUCUGAAUGAACUGAAUGAUGGUUCUCUAGUGGAGGAGAUCCAACAGUCCCUUGGUUCAGGACGUCUCUCCACAGAUCAACUGUCUCCUGCUCAGUGGUCAGCUCUGGUCUUCAUCUUACUGUCAUCACAAGAAGAUCUGGAGGUGUUUGACCUGAAGAAAUACUCUGCUUCAGAGGAGGCUCUUCUGAGGCUGGUGCCAGUGGUCAAAGCCUCCAACAAAGCUCUACUUGAUGGUUGUAACCUCUCAGAGAGAAGCUGUGAAGCUCUGUCCUCAGUCCUCAGCUCCCAGUCCUCUAGUCUGAGAGAGCUGGAUCUGAGUAACAACAACCUUCGGAAUUCAGGAGUGAAGCUGCUGUCUGCUGGACUGAAGAGUCCACACUGUGACCUGGAGACUCUCAGACUUUAUGGUUGUAACCUCUCAGAUAGAAGCUGUGAAGCUCUGUCCUCAGUCCUCAGCUCCCAGUCCUCUAGUCUGAGAGAUCUGGAUCUGAGUAACAACGACCUGCAGGAUUCAGGAGUGAAGCUUCUGUCUGUUGGACUGAAGAGUCCACACUGUGACCUGGAGACUCUCAGACUCAGUGGCUGUAACCUCUCAGAGAGAAGCUGUGAAGCUCUGUCCUCAGUCCUCAGCUCCCAGUCCUCUAGUCUGAGAGAUCUGGAUCUGAGUAACAACGACCUGCAGGAUUCAGGAGUGAAGCUGCUGUCUGCUGGACUGAAGAGUCCACACUGUGACCUGGAGACUCUCAGACUCAGUGGCUGUAACCUCUCAGAGAGAAGCUGUGAAGCUCUGUCCUCAGUCCUCAGCUCCCAGUCCUUUAGUCUAAGAGAUCUGGAUCUGAGUAACAACGACCUGCAGGAUUCAGGAGUGAAGCUGCUGUCUGCUGUACUGAAGAGUCCACACUGUGACCUGGAGACUCUCAGACUUGAUGGUUGUAACCUCUCAGAGAGAAGCUGUGAAGCUUUGUCCUCAGUCCUCAGCUCCCAGUCCUCUAGUCUAAGAAAUCUGGAUCUGAGUAACAACGACCUGCAGGAUUCAGGAGUGACGCUGCUGUCUGCUGGACUGAAGAGUCCACACUGUGACCUGGAGACUCUCAGACUUCAUGGCUGUAACCUCUCAGAUGAAAGCUGUGAACCUCUGUCCUCAGUCCUCAGCUCCCAGUCCUCUAGUCUGAGAGAUCUGGAUCUGAGUAACAACGACCUGCAGGAUUCAGGAGUGAAGCUGCUGUCUGCUGGACUGAAGAGUCCACACUGUGACCUGGAGACUCUCAGGCUGUCAGGCUGUCUGAUCACAGAGGAAGGCUUUGCUUCUGUGGCCUCAGCUCUGAUUUCCAACCCCUCCCAUCUGAGAGAGCUGGACCUGGGAUACAAUCAUCCAGGAGACUCAGGAGUGAUGCUGCUUUCUGCUAUACUGAAGGAUCCACACUGGAGACUGGAGACCCUCAGGGUGGAGCCUGCUGGAGUCCGAUGGUUGAGACGAGGUCUGAGGAAGUAUUCCUGUGAACUCACAAUCGACACAAACACAGUAAACAGAAAACUCAAACUGUCUCACAACAACAGGAAGGUGACAUGUGUGAAGGAGGAGGUUCAGCCAUAUCCUGAUCAUCCAGACAGAUUUAACAACUGGUCUCAGCUGCUGUGUAGAACUGGUCUGACUGGUCGCUGUUACUGGGAGGUCAAGUGGAGAGGAGGAGUUAAUGUAUCAGUGAGUUACAGAGGAAUCAGGAGGAAAGGAGUCAGUGAUGUCUGUUGGUUUGGAAUGAAUGAUCAGUCCUGGAGUCUGAGAUGCUCUGAUGAAGGUUACUCUGUCUGUCACAAUAAUACAGUAACACCCAUCACCUCCUCCUCCUCCUCCUCUGGUAGAGUAGCAGUGUAUGUGGACUGUCCUGCUGGCUCUCUGUCCUUCUUCAGAGUCUCCUCUGACUCACUGAUCCACCUCCACACCUUCAGCACCACAUUCACUGAACCUCUUAAUCCUGGGUUUGGGUUUAACUUCAAGUCCAUGUUUGGGCUCAAGAUUGGUUCCUCGGUGUCUCUGUGUUCUCUAGAGGAGGAAGAGUCUUCUCCUGGUAGAGAACCUUACCUCAACAUAUAGUUCAGUCACUACAGCUCAUGUGGGUGUAUUUAGGUGUUUAGACCGCUAGUGAAGCUGGUUAAGACCGCUUGUGAAGCGUGUUUAAGCCGCUAGUGAAGGGUGUUUAGGCCGCGAGCAGAGAUGGGGACUUGAGUUGGAGACUCGGACUCGAGUGCGACUCGAGUCGCAGCCACAGUGACUUCCGACUCGACUCGAGACUCGUCCUCGAAAGACUUCAGACUCGAGCUUUGGGACUCGUGAACAAUGUUUAAUUUUAGGAAAAAUCUGAUGAGCUCGCUAUACCGCUCCCUCCGUUACCUGCCUACGUAACACGUACAUUGACAUAUGUUGCUGGCUGCGCACGCGCGGCCACACACGAGAAAGAUGUUGAAUGCACCGGCCGCUGCUGGGUGGCGUUGAUGGGGGGGGGGGGGGAGUGCCUCUGGCUGUCCGACCGACGGUUCGCUGAUAUCGGGACGUAUGCGCUCCAGCGGCGGACCGUUUACUCUGCGUCUCCUUAAACUGUCUCUGCUCUGCUCACUAAAGCAAAACAAUACGUGUACAAGAGCAGCGAGUGUAGUCACCUACUGCUGCUAACACAUCUCGUCGGACCAGGAUUAUUUAUUCAUAUCCGUUAAUUAACUUUUCUCCUCUUGUUACCCUGGUAACUAGAGAUGGGGACUCGAGUUUGAGACUCGAGUGCAACUCGAGUCGCACACACAGUGACUUCAGACUCGACUUCAGACUCGACUUGGACUCGAGCUUUGGGACUCGUGAGCAUCUCUGGCCGCUAGUGAAGCGUGUUUAGGCAGCUGACUUUAUUAGCUCGUCACCAAUGCCAAAGGCUUCACAGCCAGCGAACAAGGACAGUCAGCCGUCUCGCCUCUACAGCCCACGAUGUGCCUGCAGCUCACCUGCUUUCUCCCCCCUCCCUCCCUCCCCCACGCCACUUACCAACGGUGUGGUUUGUGAGUUAUACGUUACACACGUGACUCCACAUUGUCCACAAACAGCAACGUGGCCAGAACGGUAACGUCCUUUUUGGGAACAGUUCAAAACACAGGGAGACUCGUGGCUCCUUUUUUUUUUUUAACUGAACGUGUAAAACCGUGAACUGCCAGUGGAUCAUAAUGAGGAAGUGACGUGAAUAACAUUGAACUUUAUUGUACACAAGGACCUUUUACAUUGUGGGUAUUUUUGAAUGAUGUAAUUGCAUGUUUUUCUGCAUUCAGGUAAGAUGAGGAGUGUUAAGCUUGGCCUGUCGUUCAUCGCAUCUAUGGCUAUUUGUUGCUAAUGACAUCGACACGCAGUGGAUUAAGUGUAUGUUUGUGCGGUGAAUUUAUUUGUUUUGUUCUAAUACAUUUGUAUGAUAGUU